GCAUGCUUGCCCACCUCACAGUAACGCAGUAACUCCCCCUUUGAAGGCGUGUGGCGCUCGUCACAACACACACAAAAGUGCACGGAGGAGAAUAGCAGGACAUAACAGUGCGGACCUCAUUCGAGACAGCGGCUUAAACAGUGAGAGGCAUGCGGGGGGACCACACGGCUCUUUAGCCUCUAAACACACCGCGGUGGUGAGUUUAUCAUCGGAAAGAAGUACCUGAAGACCUGCGGACCGAACGUUCCAUUCGCCUCUGCGGUGUUGCAGCCACAAGAGGCGACGACGAGAGAGAGAGACUUUUUAAAGUGAAAAGUUUAAGGUGGUCGGCGCGGACACAGUGGCAACACGAUGCUUGUUUGCCGGACACAUUGGCUCUCAUUUGGCGCCUUGCUAAUCCUGCUGGCGGUGCGCUGCUCCGACGCUAUUUCCCUGUCCCCUCAAGAAGCGAACCAGUUCCUGAGCAGACACCGGAGAGCAAAUCAUGUAUUCGAAGAGACCAGGCAAGGGCACUUGGAGAGGGAGUGUGUGGAGGAGAUUUGUUCCAAGGAGGAGGCCAGAGAAAUCUUUGAAAAUGACCCUGAGACUGAAUACUUCUAUCCCAAGUAUGGAAGUUGUCUGGAUGCGUUCGGACGGUCAGAUCAGAUGAAACAGGAUCUGACCACAUGUGUCCACAACAUUCCCGACCAGUGUUCCCCCUCCCCCUGUAAUCCCAGAGGCACGGUGCGCUGCGAGGACAAAAGGGGAGACUUCCGUUGUCACUGUUUUACAGGUUGGACUGGGACCCAAUGUGAGAAAGAUGUUGACGAGUGCAGCAGGAGGAAUGGUGGAUGUGACCAUGACUGCGAGAACACAAUGGGCAGUUACCGCUGCUCCUGUCACCAAGGUUACAUGCUGGUAGGACGCCACACAUGCAAUGAUGUGGACGAGUGUGAAGACCUUAACAUGUGUGGUUCGGCUCGCUGUGAGAACAACGAGGGGGGCUACAAAUGUCUGUGUGAUCCUGGCUACAUGUAUGACAAUGAGAACAAGAGCUGUAGCGAUGUUGACGAGUGUGAGGCAGAUGUAUGUGCGGAGGAGUGUUUCAACACACCGGGGAGUUUCCUCUGUUUCUGUGACGGCCGUCGCGGCAUGAAGCUGGGCCAGGACCUCAAGAGCUGUAAGGCUAUAACUCCCUGUAUCACACCGGCUCUGAAGAGGAACUCCCGCUCGCUGUAUCUGGGCAGCAUGUUCAGUGGCUUGCCCGUGAUGAAGCUGCGCUUCCGUCGAAGGAUUCACACUGGCUUUUCCGCAGAGUUUGAUUUCCGCACUUACGACCCAGAGGGCGUGAUCUUCUUUGCCGGGGGUCACUUGAACAGCUCCUGGAUAGUGCUUGCGAUGCAUCAUGGGAAGCUGGAACUGCAACUGAAGUACGGCUCAGUCAGCAGGGUCACCAGCAGCGGACCUGUGGUCAAUGACGGCCAGUGGAGAAAGAUUUCAGUAGAGGAGCAGGGGCGGAGUCUUGUCAUUAAGAUUGACAGGGAGGCCGUCAUGAAGAUUGCAGUAAACGGUGACCUGUUCACUUUAAAGAAGGACAUGCAUGAGCUCAACCUCACUGUGGGAGGAGUCCCCUUCAAGGAGACCAGCCUCGUCAGCAAGGUGAACCCGCGUUUGGACGGCUGUAUGAAGGAAUGGCGCUGGUUGACCGGAGACAGGUCGAUGCAAGAAAGCAUAACGACCAACGAGAACAUUCAGUGUUUCAGCACAGAGAAUCCUGGAGCAUAUUAUCCUGGCAAAGGCUUUGCAUUCUUCAACAUCAGCUAUGAUUCACAAAACCUGAGCGUCCGUCUGUCCCUAUAUCCAACAUCUGCAGUUGGGGUGCUGUUUGCUCUUGUUCACCAAGACACUGUCCCCCUUUCCAUCGCUCUUGCUGACUAUCAUCCUGGUACUGAUGAGUGGAGAGAUUUUGUUCUGGUAUCAGCCGGUGACAUCAUCAUCGCCAGCUCCCCGGCUCCCCUCUGUGAUGGCGAAAGUCAUGAAAUCCAACUGAAGAUUUCAGGCAACCUCACACAGUUGCUGGUUGAUGGGCAGCCUGGACGAAGUGAAGAUGCAGAGAUGGACCCUUUGCCUCCUUCCAGCACCUUCAUCGGAGGUCUCCCUGAUGUUCCCCUGGUCUCCACCCUGGUGUCUGCGCCCUACAGUGGCUGUAUGGAGGUCACAGUGAAUGGACAAACGUUGGACUUGGACCAGGCGAUUGAAAAACACAACGACAUCCGCUCCCACUCCUGCCCCCUGCUGGAUUCAAACCAGUGACCUUCACUCUGCCAAAGCAAGUCAUUGAAAAACAGUGGAGAUCGUUUCCAGUUUAUUUAUGAGAUUAAACCUCGAGUAGUGAGGAGGUGUAUUAGAUUGAAAUGUCAAACUCUAAACCAGGUCUUGUGGUCCCAGUGGACCCUAAGUCAAUGGUCACCCUGUCUUUUUGUCUUUGACUUGACCAGGCACUAGCAAUGACUUUAAGCAGUCUAAGUAAAUCAAUAAGCCAACAUGCGAUCUCCACUUCAUCAGGCAGAAGUCAUGGGAUGGAAUGCUUUUCUUGCCCUACCAUCUUAGCCCUCAAGAGCAUAAGUCAGACCCAGGUCUGCUGACUGGACCUGGGAUUGUAUACCAACAGGUGACCUGAGCUUUUUUGGCCAAUACCCAUGUUUCCUGCCACCUAAAGCGGCCAAAGGUCCAAUUUGAAGAAAAGGAUGUUUCUGUUAGGUACCCCAAGCAAGAGGAGUCCUCCCUCCAUCCACAUGCCUCUCGUGAUUUCUAGAAAACCUUUGCACAUUGUUGCAGGUUGAUGUGGUGAGACGUGAAGCCAUGUUCUUGAUCUCUUCUCCACCACGGCACCGCUACGUGUCUACUUGCAAUCUUUAAAAAAAAAAAAUCAACCAUGUGCCUACUGAGAAGACCAGCCCUAUAUUGUGGAGGCCUCUACAAGAAGGCGUAUUCUUUCACAAAGCUGCAGCACACUGAUCACUGACUGACAGCCAACCCUCCUCAUGCCCUUUGCAUCACUGUCUGUACACUAAAGGCCCAAAUCCUGUUCCCUGACAAACGUGUUCCUGCUAACACCCACUGCAAUCCAGUCCAACAAUGACAGAUUCAUUAAAGAAGCACAGGGAGGGGGAGAAGGAGGGGGCCGUCUCUGCAACGAAGAGGAAGUGCACUGCAUCCAACAAACCAUACAAGCUACUGAGAGGAAAAGGAGUGUGCUGUAAUAUACUGAGUGUGUAAAUAAUGUGACUGUACACUGCUUUAUAGACAGAAAACUACCUUGCAAUAUUCUCACCGAGGUUAUCGUGCAUUGAAGUGAAACACUUAGGUCUCAAAUACAUCUUACACAAAACAAUACAGCUGUGAUUUGCAUCCCUUACGGGGACUGAGAGCAAUGGAAACAUAGUAAAACUUUGCAGAAUCAUCUUUAGUACUUUAUUUCAUAGGUGCUAAGUAAACCAAAAUGCAGAAAAAAACAAUGUUGGAGGAGCAAUGUGAUAGUCCAAAGGGCUCCGGUUUGGCUUAACUCCAUGAUGUACCAUAUAGUUUUCUCAUGAAUGAAUGCCAGAAAUUUUAUCUUUUUUUUUUUUUAUUGUGGUGUAUAUUGUAAUGCUCGUUAGAUUUAAUUUGUUUUCUUUUUACCAGCUCCGUAUGCGUACAAUGCUACAAUCCUAUUUAAAGAGCAAAAUAAAGAGUUCUAUGAACGUCAAGAGUCAAA